AUGAAAGACGCAGUGGACCCGCAUCUCCGUGACCAACAAGCCGGCUUCCGAAAAGAGAGAUCGUGCACGGACCAGAUCGCAACCCUGCGCAUCAUUCUGGAACAAUCCUUGGAAUGGAAUUCGCCCAUGUACGUCAACUUCAUCGACUACGAAAAAGCGUUCGACAGCGUGGACCGGCAAUCCCUAUGGAAACUACUGAGACACUACGGUGUGCCAGAAAAGAUCACCAACAUCAUCAGGAAAUCUUACGAAGGGAUGACCUGUAGAAUCGUCCAUGGCAGACAGCUCACUGAUGCCUUUGGAGUGAGAACCGGAAGCAAGGUGUUUAAGAUCAAUGCAUCCAACAACACACCCAUCACAGUCCAAGGCGAGGCGCUGGAGGAGGUAGACAGCUUUACAUAUCUCGGCAGCAUCCUGGAUAAAUAUGGGGGAACGGAUGAAGAUGUCAGAACCCGCAUCGGUAAAGCGCGAACAGCCUUCCAACAGCUGAAGAAUAUCUGGGGAUCCAGCACAAUUAGCAUCACCACCAAGAUCAGGCUAUUCAAUACCAUCGUGAAGCCAAUACUCCUCUAUGGAGCAGAGACCUGGAGAACCACUGUGGUCACCAUAAAGAGAAUCCAGGUCUUCAUUAACUCCUGCCUCAGGAAGAUCCUCAAAAUCCGAUGGCCAGAAAAGAUAUCCAAUGAAGAAUUAUGGACGAAAACGAACCAGCAGCCCGUUGACGAAGCUAUCCUUCAGAGACGCUGGCGAUGGAUAGGUCACACCCUCCGCAAGUCCGCGUCCAGUAUAACUAGACAAUCUCUCACCUGGAAUCCUCAAGGAAAGAGGAAGAGAGGGCGACCUAGAAACACCUGGCGCCGAGACCUGGACGCAGAUGUCAAGCAGAUGGGUAAGACGUGGGGGCAGCUGGAGAGACUCGCCCAGAACCGAGAUGCCUGGAGGAAGCUGGUCGGCGGCCUAUGUCCCAAACGGGAACACAGGCGAAGAUGA